CAAUCAGUAUCCUCAAUUGAUCUAGGUCAUUACACGUAUUUACAUUAUUCAGGCAAAUAGCAUAUCAAAAUAUCAAAAUCUAGGUUGUGACCUACACACAGAUAACCAGGCAUCGUCUAUCGCAGCUAAAUGUUCAGCUAGAUUUACUGAUUUACAUAUUCCCUGGCAGUAAUUUCCGGGAAGAGUAGUCUGAAAAUCAUGGACUGUACAAGUAUCUCGGCGCCGGUUGUAUAUGCAUUACAUGUUGUAUGUAUCCUCGGGCCGUUGUCAGAAGGAGAGUACAUUCCAACCAAUUCCAAAUGGGACAGGAUUCUGAAGGACGACGAGAUUCGAGACAUUGAGAAACGACAGAAGUUAAUCGUGCUUGAAGAAGAAGGGUGUCUAAAAUAUCCUGCGAAUGGCGUAUCAAGUUCGGCCACGCCUUCAGACGGUCGCAGUAAAGCAGAUGAUUGUGCGUUGCGUAAGGAUUCAAGGUGGAAAAGCGACAAUUCCACCAACAACCAAAGAGGUGAUUGUUUCGCAGAAAGAUCGACGAAUACAACAAAGCCAUUGGUGAAUCGUGAAAACUCUCGACUGACCCAGAACAUACCUACCUUCAAAGGGCCGCUUUCGCGAACACGGAAUAGUCAUAGCUGCAACAAUAUUCUGAGUUCCAGUGUUGUACGUAAUGGUUCAAGCGACGACGACGAGGACUUGUACAGAGAACCACGUGGCAAAGGUGACGCAUCGUCCGCUACAAAUGCCCACCACCAAAUGCAUCAAACAAGGGCUCCUUUGCCAGAUUUCUCGGACAAGGGUCAAAGAACUUUGAGUUUUAGGAACUGGAGUAAUCCACAUCGUUGCAGCACAUCAGAAGCUUCUGAAGCGGGUUUGUUUUACCCCGGUCAUGGCAACGGUUUGUUGUGUCAUUAUUGUGGGGCCUUCGUAGAGCAGUUAACUAGUUCUGACGAUGCCUGGAUUGAACACGCCAGGGUCAAUCCAAGAUGUCAGUUCGUCCGGUCGGCAAAGGGCGAAGGUUUCAUCAGAAUGGUACAAGAAAUGUAUGACAAUGAUAUUGAUGAAGGCACUCUUGAACGGGAAUUGAAUUUAUUGGAAGUAGACGACAGACGACAGCUUCAAGAGACAAAUACAAAUAGUAGACAUAUUGCCCCUCCAACGACGUCCACGUCAGGUGCAGUAUCAUCCACAUCUAAUUCGGGCCGAUCCUCGAACGUAAUAAAAACACCAAGCGCUUCCAAUGACGUUCAGACACCCUAUACCCUGCCCCGUAGGAUACCGCCAAUACCACCAUCUACCAAACCUGCUCCCAAGGCCCAACGCCGACCAAGAACCCAAAAGAGACAGGUUCAAGCCCGGGAGGUCCGUGCUCGUCUCGACCUUGACUGGGCCCAGGAGCUACUCAGAAUGGGUUACUCAAAUGAACUUUUAGGAGCUGUUAUAUCCGAACAGCUCAUCUACGAAGGCGACGAUUUCAAGUCGUUCAAGGACAUGCUGAUGGCGACCAUUGACGCUGCGGACCAGAGAGAUAGUUACCCAGUGAUGCAUUAUGCACUGGGCCUCUCUCAGGAAACCUCCAUGUCCACAUCAGGUGUUGGUACAAAGCCCGUUGACUGUGCCGGUGCCCUUCGGGCUACAGCAUCAAGGACAACAUGUUCUAAUGCUGUCGCAGCGUUGUCGGUGGGGGCCACUUCCUGGACAGAGACGACGACGCCUAGUGGCAAUCGGAGAAACACUUCAACACCGAGCGGACAGAGUAAUAGUGUGACCACUGCAAAUCUUAAAACUGAGAACAGAGAACUCAAGGAGAGAAUGAUGUGUAAGAUAUGUUUCGAUAUGGAAGCCAAUGUGGUAUUCCUGCCAUGCGGCCACUUGGUUGUGUGCGAGCAGUGCAGCAGGAGGGUUAGGGAGUGUCCACUCUGUAGGAGGCCGAUCAGUGGAGUUGUCAAGACAUACCUUUCAUGAAGGGCCUUUUCGAAAACUAGACAAUGCAGAUCUAGCAAUAGAGUAUCUAGCUGCAAUAGCAACAGUUAUUUGGGAGGCUCUCAGAGUGGCCAAAAAUAAUGCUACGCAUCGGAAAAUGGUAACAUAGCUAUGCCUUAAAGACACAUCACGCCAGUAUUUGUCCAAUUGUGACUUCUGUGACCUUUGAAAACCACAGGAUCACCCAGGAGACCAACAAACAUUUUGAAGGGAAAAUUCGCUCACUCAUUUAAAGAGAAUAUUAUUAGUGCGCUCGUCAUCCUCAUGUUUACUCAAUUGCUGCUUGAAGAAAGGCUAUAACCGGCAUCUGUCAUCACGCUACGGUAAAUAUAAUGAUCCCUGCAACAAUUUCAUGAUUAACGAAUGUCUCAUUAACACCCGCCAAGGACAUUCGAUGCGUGAUGUUAACACACGACAGCAUUUGAGUUCUUAGCGGACGUAAACGAGCGAAUCUGUCAAUCUCAUAAAAUCAUUUUCUCCCAAAGUAAAAGCUAAGACCUCAACGACGUUUUCUGAAGAGGACGUAAUUCACUCUAUAUUUAACUCAACUGGGAUUAUUCUAAAAUCACUCCCACUUUAGUCGAUACCAAACUCUUAGAAUAAAGGUUAAUAGCCUUGAAGCAAAAAAAAUUGUUUGUGAAUUGAAAAUGCAGCACCGGUGCACAUGCGACAUGAUACUGCAUUGAAAAGCAACUCAGCACUUCAUUGGCGGACUAAUGCGCCAUUCUGGCUGAUGAGAUGUAAUAUACAUUUAUUGAACCAAAAAUGCAUCGAUAACAUUCUCAUACAAAACUAAAUCCGCGAUAUUUUGUCAUCAAUGUGAUCAUACUCAAGUUAUAUAUUGUCAUACCAUGAUAUAUAAUUCGAAUCCUCAAUCCGUUCAAUUACAUUUAAACCAAAUAUGCAAUAAACACGACAUUUCGUAAUCUAAUUUUUUCUCCAUUAACCUGAGAUCUCAGCUGGUCGUUGGAAACCUCAAUUGUGUUACUGAUUUUCUUACAACGACUGAUUUGCCAUGACACCUGCGCAUGGUAGGGAGACACAAAGAAAUGAUAUUCUAAUCCGUAUUUACAUUACAAUCUUCAAGAAAGCUGCAACGUUUUUAACAACAGAAAGUGAUGAAUAUUUCGCAUCAAGUUUAACCCUUUGAUAAACAUCUUCGCUUUGAAAUGUCUCAUGCUUUAGCCUAUCUUUGCGCUAAAAACUCUAUCACCCUGGAGUUAUCUAGUCCGAUGCAAAAGACGUUGAUUCGUAUCGACUGGUGGCUUUCCGAUCUGACAAGUCUGAAGACAGCCGCGGAAACGAUCAGAAUCCCGUAUGACAGUUGAUGUUCUUUACUCAUCUCCAAGUGCUUAUAGGCGAUCAGUUUGACUCUAAAUGCUAUCAUGUUUGUAAGAUACUAUUUGUUGUGUAAUUCGCUCUUACUUUUGUACGAAAUCAGAGUUUUCGUGAUUGAUUGGUUUAU